AUGCCCCCCUCCCCCGCCCCUCCAAAGCGCAUCAUCCUCGAGAAAUCCCGCACGGUGCGCCGCCGCUACCAGCGCAGCAACAAGCGGUUCCAAUUCACAGCGUCGCAGAUCGCGCGCAUCGAGCGCGAGCAGGCGCGCGAGCGCCGAGCGCAGCAGCUGCGCGACCGCGAUCGCCAGCGCGUCGCCGCCAAGAAGAAGAAGGCCGAGAAGGAGGCGCGCGACCGCCAGGAGCGCCGGAGGCUCGGGUCGAUGGGCUUGCCGGAUCCGAAUGCGCCGGUCGUGCCUUCGAGUCAGCCUUCGUUGUUGCGGUUUAUACAGAAGCCUGCGGCGGUGCCGGCGGUUGAUCUUGAGGGGUGGGAGAGUGGGUCGGUUUCGGGUGCGGAGGAGGUUGCGGCUCAUGGUGAGUUGGGGGAGGAGGAGGGUUGUGGACUUGGUGUGCAGGUCGAGGAGCGUGAGGAUGCUGCGCGCGCUGCGGGUGCUGCUGCGGAUAACACUACUGAUACUGAUGAUGAGUUCGGCUGGGAGGAGGACCUUGCGGAGGUGGAUGAGUUCUCGGAUUGCUCCAUCUUUGAUGAUGAGGAGAUCAUCCAGAAGAGUGAGGACGUCGUUGCGAUAGACACGGACCUUAUGGACACACCCCAGGCCGAGCCUCCGACGGUGCAAGGCGCUAUACCUGCCUCGUCGGCAGGCGACUCAUUUCAGGACGACACAGCCAUUUUGUUGGAGCAAUUGGGCCAUGAGUUCGACACCGACGAGGAGUUCGAACAGGCAUUGGUUGCAUUGGACGCUGUGUGA